CUUCUUAUGUCAGACUUUCAAUGAUGGACGAGAUCUUCCCGUUCGCGCAUUCGCUCGCCUUUUUGAAUAUUUACUUCGCGCUUAAUUGCUACCGCAAGCUCAUGAGGCCGCUCACUUUGGGGACUACUCAGGCUUAUUAUAUGAUCUUGAAGUAUUGUGGGGAGGUUGUCCAAGCGGAGCAGAACCUCUCGCUUCUUGGCGACAAGGAAUCGCGGUUUUCUGAGCUCGACAAGAUGGAGCGAUCCUGGUUAUGCGUUCGUGCUGGGAAUAUCGUCGGCCAUAGUUCUGUGAAGCUUUAGAUCACAAUAACCACACUGGAUACUACAACGGCGCUUUUGUUGAUCCGCCACCAACAUGCAACUCAAGAGCACUUUCGGAGGUCUGAAUUUUAUCAGGCCUCUACAUCAUUCAUGCGGCGGCGUAUGGUGCAGGGGUCCAGGGGCGCGAAACGUCGGAGCGUCAGCACGUUGAGGCAAUAUCGAAAAUUGAAUUAAGAGACUGAAGGUUUUCUCGCAGCUGACAGUAAUUAUAUGGUCGAAAAUGAAGUGCACAAGUGCAC